CAAAGAUUCAGGGACAGAGUCACGACGCAGACGCCCAGGAGAGAGAUGGAAGAAAGCAGUAAGGCGCCUGCAAGAUCCCUUAACCCUAACGGUGGAGGAGAACCCAAGAAGGAAGAAGAGAAGCCUAAGGUGGUCGUAAUAAUGGGUCCAACUGGGUCAGGAAAAUCACGUUUAGCCAUUGAUUUGGCAACUCAUUUUCCUAUAGAAAUCAUCAAUGCUGAUUCCAUGCAAGUCUAUCAAGGCCUUGAUGUCCUCACCAACAAAGUUCCUCUCCAUGAACAAAAAGGAGUACCACAUCAUCUGUUGGGUACUGGGAGCUCAAAUAUGGAAUUCAAUGCUAAGAGUUUCAGAGAUUCUGCAAUUCCUAUCAUUAGUGAUAUAUUAUCUCGCAACUGUUUGCCAGUCAUCGUUGGAGGCACCAAUUACUAUAUUCAGGCACUUGUGAGUUCAUUCCUUUUUGAUGAUUCAGCAGAAGAUACGGAUGAAAUCGACUCAAGCAGCCUUCCUGGAAAUGAGGAGAUCAAUCAUAUGCCUGACUUCCAGACAGAUAGUUGCAACUAUAGCUAUGAUCUUCUUAAACAACUUGAUCCAGUUGCAGCAAACAGAAUCCAUCCAAAUAAUCAGCGUAAGAUUAAUCUAUACCUUAGUUUGUAUGCUCGUUCUGGAGUUCUUCCCAGCCAACUUUACCAGGGAAAGGCUGCAGAGAAAUGGGGUCGAGUUGAUACUUCUAGAUAUAAUUGCUGUUUUAUAUGUGUUGAUGCCGCCAUGCCUGUCCUGGAUCGAUAUGUGGAACACAGGGUAGACUGCAUGAUAGAUGCUGGGUUGCUUGAUGAAGUUUAUGACAUUUACAAUCCCAAUGCAGAUUAUACUCUAGGUCUCCGACAGGCCAUUGGUGUUCGAGAAUUUGGGAAUUUUCUUAGAGUUUACCUUUCUGAUGGCAGGGAUGAUGAGACAAGUGAUUCUUCUGAUGGGACACCCUUAAAGCUGUCAACAAGGAUGGAUGAUAAGUUGUUGAAAGAGAAUAUAAGGGCAAUACUGAAGUCCUCUAGUGAAAACCCACAAAAAAUUCUGCUAGAAGAAGCCAUUGACAAAGUAAAAGCAAACACCCGAAGACUUGUUCGGCGUCAAAAAAGGAGGCUCAAUCAACUUCACAAAUUGUUUGGAUGGAAUAUAAAUUAUGUUGAUGCUACAGAGUCCAUAUCAGGCAAAUUGGACGAGUGUUGGGCAGUGCAAGUGGUUGGACCUGCUGUGAAAAUUAUUAGAUCUUUCCUCAAUGAAGAUGAUAGGACAGAUUCUACUUUGGAUGGAGAAAGUAAAACUAUAAUGGGUACAGUCCAAAGGGACUUGUGGACUCAAUACACAUGCAAGGCCUGUGGAGAUAGGGUACUUAGAGGAGCACAUGAAUGGGAACAACAUAAACAGGGACGUGGGCAUCGAAAACGAAUUUCACGGCUCAGGAAGUCUCAAAGUUUCUCCUUAGUAGAGCAGCAUGAAGAACAUCUUAUUCUGUAACAUUUACUCUCCUAAAUAGGAUAAUGUUAUCGAUAAACUGCAUUCAUCCAAGGUAGCUUGCCUAGGAGGAUAACGUAAACCAUUGUAGUCUAAAAACACCUACUCUGUCCCUUUUAAAGGUUUUUACCUUUCCUGCCGGCCCUGAGAAUGAAAAUGCACGCUCUUUUUAUCACGGGAAUCUGAUGCAGCAGAUUUGGCUUUUAGUUUA